UUACAUUGGCUUUUGAACCCACUCAUAUAUUGCCUAGUGGAAUUAAAAUACACCCGUUCGUUGCAUGCUGCAGCCGUGGGAGGGCUAAAAGUUGUUUGAGACAGUUUAUUAGCUACACGAAUAGUGUCACGCAAUGCACCAUGGAGGAGGCCCAUCAAAUGUGCAGCGGAAUCUUCAGAGAUCCAAGUCCUUCACUGGCUCUGAGGCAGAGGAGCAGCAGCAGCAACAACAACAACAACAACCACAACAACAACAACAGCCACAGCAGCAGCAGGCUAUGGCUGUUACCCAGCAACAGCCAGCAGCUGCCAAUCACCCUCAGUCACCAGUUACCUCUUUUGCUCCAGCUGCAAGUCCUUCUGCCCCACAGUCGCCAAACUACCAGAUCAUAAUGAGCCGUAGCCCGGUUACCGGACAGAACAUGAACAUCACCCUGCAGAACGUGGGUCAGAUGGUAACGGGGAACCAGCAGAUCACUCUCACUCCUCUCCCCAUCCAGAACCCGGCCUCCCCGGGCUUCCAGCACCAAGCCCAGCAGUGGAGAUUCGAACACAGCUCUCCCUCGUACAUCCAGGUGACUUCCCCCGUGCCCCAGCCCAUGCAGCCUCAGAGCCCCACUCAGCACAGUCCCGUCGCCCUGCAGGGGGUCCAAAGGCAGGCCGCUCCCGGCACCUCUCUGGGGGUGUGCGGUCUGAGCCCGACGCGCUUUGCGGAGCCUGGCAUCACGAUCAGGUCGAUUAACCUGGGCAGCCCGUCUGGAAGUGGCCAUUUCGUGUACCAGGAGGGGACGGGAUUGGCUCAGCUGGCCCCGACCACGGCGGGCCAAGUCCAGCUCACCUCUCCCGGGACUCCUGGAGCCGUGAGGGAGAGACGACUCUCCCAGACCCACUCUCAAACCGGAGGGACCAUCCACCACUUGGGGCCUCAGAGCCCCGUAGCCACCGGCGCAGCUCUCCCCACCCUGGGCAGUCCCGGUCACAUCACCACCUCCAGCCUCCCUCCCCAGAUCAGCAGUAUCAUCCAGGGCCAGCUGGCGCGCCCUGUGGUCUUUGAGAAGACCACCCAGGGCAUGGUCGCGGGCGUGGCCGCACCUGCCGCCCCGUCCUUUGGCGUCCCCACCUCCAUCCCUCCCUCGAGCCCAUCCCUGACCAGUCCCCCUCAGGGCCUCCCGAAUCCCCCUCUCACCCCCACCGGAGUGGCCGUCGGCACGGUGAAGAAGCAGCCGGCCAAGAAGCUGGAGGAAAUCGCUCCUUCCAGUCCGGAGGUGGCUCAGCUCAGGAAGCAGUGCCUGGAGCACCACGGAAAAAAGAUGGAGGAGCUGAAGGAGGUGUUCAAGGAGUACCUGAUCGAGCUGUUCUUCCUGCAACAUUUGCAGGGUAACAUGAUGGACUACUUGGCUUUUAAGAGGAAGCCCUACGCUCCCCUCUUUACAUACCUGAGGCAGAACGACCUGGACCUGGAGGAAGAGGAGGAGGAGGAAGAGCAGUCCGAAGUCAUCAACGAUGAGGUGAAGGUAGUGACUGGGAAGGAUGGACAGACAGUAACGCCUGUUGCCAUAGCGAAACAGCUCCCGCCGAACGUGUCGGCAGCUUUCUCAGCGCAGCAGCAACAGUUUCAGGUUCACACUGGAGCUCCAGGUGGCAGCAUCUCCAACCCAGUGGACAUGGAGGCCUUCAAAAGGCAACAGGCCAUGGCUCAAGCAGAUCAGGCUAAGAGGCCCCGGAUCGAAGUCGGUCGCCACGGGAUGAUUUUCCAGCAUCCUGCUGUGGCUCCUUUAGGAUCUCCCGGCGUCCCUCUCCAGCAGCUCAUGCCUACAGCGCAAGGCGGCAUGCCACCCACCCCACAGACGGUGCAGAUCGGCGGGCAAAAACAGAACCAGCAGCAGUACGACCCGUCCAAAGGCCCUCCCGUCCAGAACGCCGCCAGCCUCCACACCCCUCCGCCCCAGCUGCCGGGCCGCCUGCCCACGGCGGGUCUGCCCAUGGCGGGCUUGCCCCUCGCUCUGGCCCCGGGGCAGCAGAUGGUGGUGGAGCAGCAGCCCGGCCAGGCCGCGGGAGGUCAGAUCCAGGCGCAGGUCAAAGUGCAGGGCGUGCAGGCGGCAGGAGCCGUAAUGGCCGCCGUGAACACUCACGCGCAGCUGCAGGUGCAGCUCCAGCAGCAGAUGCAGUCGGGACUCCACCUUCAAAUGCAGCAGCACAUACAACAGCAGCAGCAACAACAACAACCACCACAAUCGCAGGCACAGCAGCAGCCGAUGAUACAGCCAGGACAGGCAACGGUGGCUCUGACUCGACCUGGAGUAGACUCUUCCCAGCCUGCCCAGCGUCUAAUGACCAACUCUCUCCCCUCCUCCACCAUGUCUCCCUCGUCCCUGGCCUCGCCCUCCUCCAUCCCCUCCCCACACCCCUCCGGACCUGUCCGCACCCCCAACGCGGCCCCCAACCUCUCCCCCGCCGCCCAGAACAAGCUGGCCCAGGGAAACGGCACCUCCGGGCUGAAGAUGUCUGGCUUGGGACAGGGCACGGCCGGCCAGACCUCACAGGAAAGCUCCCAGGACAAGCAGGCUGAGCAGGCCAAACUGGAGAGCCAGGUGAACCAGCGCAUAGCAGAGCUGAGAAAGGAGGGCCAGUGGUCAGCCAGCCGUCUGCCCAAACUGCAGGAGGCCUCGAGACCCAAGUCCCAUUGGGACUACCUGCUGGACGAGAUGCAGUGGAUGGCCACGGACUUCGCCCAGGAGAGACGCUGGAAGAUGGCUGCCGCUAAGAAACUGGUGCGCACAUGUGCCCGUUACCAUGACGAGCAGAAGGCGGCGGAGGAGAGGGCGAAGAAAGAGAACGAGGUGCGUUUGCGUCACAUCGCCAGCACCAUCGCGCGAGAGGUCGAGUUCUUCUGGUCCAACAUCGAACAGGUUGUUGAAAUCAAGCUGCGAUUUGAGAUCUACGACAAAAAGAAGAAAACUCAGAGCAUUCAGAAAGCAGUAAACAAAGGUCAGAGUGCCGCCCCUGGAGAGAAGUCGGAGAAAGAGGGUCGAACGGAGUCCGGCUCGUCUAUACGGAAGAGGAAGACAAGCACGUCACUGUCUGAUGAAGAAGUUGAAGAUGAGGAGAGCACCAUAGAGGAACAGGAGGCCAUGGAGGUGGCUGCGGACCAGAAGGCGGAGUUGGCUGAGCUCACUAAAGAAGCUGAGGUGCCGUUGGAUGCCCUGGUCAAGCAGUAUGCUGGGGCGUAUGCUGAGGGAUUUGAGUGGCCGCAGCCGGCCUGUCAGAGUGAGGAUGAGGAGAGAGAGGAAGUUGAAGAAAUGGGGACCCUGUUGGGCAGCCCUCAUGAAGCAGUUCUCAUAGACUCACUGCUGAGCGUGGAGCAGUACAGCGGAGCAGAGCGGACCGCCUCCCCCGGCACCGACGGCAAACCCACCAAAGACAUCGCCGAGGUCGCCGCGGCAACGGAACUCAUCCUCCCCAAGGGCAGCGCGAGGACCACCUCCUCGACCCGGGGCCCGGCCCCGUCCCUGCUCCACGGCUCUCUGAGGGAGUACCAGCACGUGGGCGUGGAGUGGCUGGCCAACCUGCACCGCAAACACCUCAACGGCAUCCUGGCCGACGAGACGGGCCUGGGCAAGACCGUCCAAACCGUGGCCUACAUGGCCCACCUGGCCUGUAACGAGGGGAUUUGGGGACCACAUCUGGUUGUGGUGAGGACGUGUAAGCUGCUGAACUGGGAGCUGGAGUUUAAGCGCUGGUGUCCCGGUCUGAAGAUUCUCCUGUAUCUCGGCAACAGGAGGGAACGCCGAUACAAGAGAUCGUGGUGGUCCGAGCGAAACAGCUUCCACGUGUGUUUGACGUCGUACAAGCUCCUGCUGAAAGACCACAACCACUUUACCAAACGGCGCUGGAGCCACCUGGUCCUGGACGAGGUUCAGCUCAUUAAGAACAUGAGCGAAAAACACUGGCAGACCAUCUUCUCUGUCCGAAGUCAGCAGAGGGUUCUGCUGAUAAACAGCCCUCUUCAGAACACUCUGAGGGAACUCUGGACCAUGAUCCACUUCCUGCUGCCAGGAAUCACCCGCUCCUACCUGGACUUCCCCGUCAAACCUGGGACCGACCAGAACCAGGAGUACUGCCACAAGCUGGUCAUUCGCCUGCACAGGAUGAUCCAGCCCUUUAUCCUGCGGCGCUCUAAGAGGGACGUGGAGAAGCAGUUGCCUAAAAAAUACGAGCACAUUCUGAAGUGUCGUCUUUCUAAGAGACAGAAGACCAUGUAUGAAGACAUCCUCACCCAGCCUGGUGCCCAGGAGGCCCUGAAGACGGGUCACUUUGUGAGCGUGCUGCAGGUUCUGAUGCAGCUGCAGCGGAUCUGUAAUCAUCCAGACCUGAUCCAGCCCAGAGACACUAAGAGCGCAUACGUUUGCCAGCCUCUGCAGUACAACACGCCCUCCCUUGUGCUCACUGCCCUGCAGCAGGACCAGUGGAAGACGGUGGAUUUGUCCUUGUUCGACCUGAUCAGUAACGAAAACAAACUGACCCGUUACGAGACCGAGGAAGUCUUCCCCAAGCUCAAAAUCACGCAGCAGCUUAUCGAGGAGAUCCAGAACAGCCCUGACCCGCCUCCCAGGCCCAAACCCUGCAAGAUCAAGCCCAUGAGGCUGUUCCAGCCGGUGCAGUACGGCACAAAGCCGGAGGGGCGUCUGGUACCUCUGACUAACGGCACUCAGGCCCAGCGCACCGCCGCUACCACCACGGCUCCGACGACCACCUCCACCGCCCCCACCACCGCAGCCCAGGGCACCCAGCCCAGGGGCAAGUCUGCAGUCACAACCGCCACCCCCUCCACACCGGCCUCCUCUGCCUCCUCCGGACAGCUGGUAACGGGGGCAACUCCCACCCCCUUAACUCUGGGCGUGGCAGGGCUGGGCUCCGUGCCCCCCCGGCCUGCCGCAGGCGCCCAGGCCCCCGCGGCCCCGGCCCUCCAGCCCAGUCUGGUGCCGCAGAGGCUCCUCCUCAGCUCCCAGGCCCAAGCACGCUUACCUAGCGGAGAUGUGGUGAAAAUCGCCCAGUUGGCAUCGCUGACGGGCGGUCAGAGUCGGGUGGCCCAGCCCGAGACGCCCGUCACGCUGCAGUUCCAGGGCAACAAGUUCACCCUCUCGCCCAGUCAGCUCCGCCAGCUCACCACCGGUCAGCCGCUGCAGCUCCAAGGUACACUGGGUAAUAUUCUGCAGAUUGUCUCUGCCCCUGGCCAGCCCAUACUCAGGCCUCAGGGCUCUGUAGUCAUGCAGACGGUGGCCCAGACGGUGCCUGUCCAAAACUCCUCAGGCACCCUGACCACCCCUCCCCCCGCCACCUCCGCACCCCCGCCAGUUUCUGCGGGCACUGCAGUAACAACUCCUGCCUCCUCAGACGCUACAGCAAACGCCAAACCUCCCUCUGCUCCUACUCCUCCACAGGAGUCGAGUGAGGAGAGAGUCAAGCAGCUGAAGGAACGCUUGGCUUACUUGGUCAGCGCCAGCGAACGCCGCUGUUCUCGCGCCGUCCUGUACGGAGCGGACCUGCUACAGGCCUGUAGCCUGUCGCCCGGACGGACAGCUCCCCCUCACCCCGCCCCAGGACACUCACGGUGGACCUGGAUUGGACGAGACAGCUGUCAGAGGGCUCGUCAGACCUGCGUUUCCACGGUGACUCCCCUCCGUUCUGCCUUGCUCUCAAACACAGAGAGACAAGAGGAUGGACAAAGUCUGGUGAAGAGGUUCUCCUGUGUGGUUCCGGCUGCGGUUGCUCCUCCCCCUCAACUGUAUGCAGCCAAUCCGCCUCCAUCUUACAGCCUUGAGCAGAAGUCAUUCGUGCGUCAGCUGCGGGAGGUGUCCGCCCCUCACAGCUCAGACAUCCGUAGCUUGGCCUGUGGGCCACUGGUCAACUUCCCUGAUCUCCAGCUUCUGGAAAUGGAUUCAGGUAAGUUGGAGGCGUUGGCCAUUCUCUUGCAUAAGCUGCGAGCAGAAAGCCGGCGCGUGCUGAUCUUCACUCAGAUGGUCAGCAUGCUGGACAUACUGGAGGCCUUUCUGGACCGUCGACAGCUCACCUACAUACGGGUGGACGAGAGCUUCACUCCGGAGGAACGCCAGGAGCAGGUGAAGAGAUUCAACCGAAACAGACAGGUAUUCUGCAGCAUUCUGACCAAUCCCUGCUGCUCGGCCGUGGGUCACGUGAUCGACGCCGACACCAUCGUCUUCUACGACACGGACCUGAACCCCAGCAUGGACGCACGCACGCAGGAAUGGUGCGAGAAAAUCGGACGAUCCAAAGACAUUCACAUUUACAGGUUAGAGAGUGGGAACUCUAUUGAAGAGAAACUGCUGAAGAAUGGAACUAAGGACCUGAUCAGGGAGGUGGCAGCACAGGGCACGGACUACACACUCGCCUUCCUCACACAGCGUACCAUCCAGGACCUGUUUGAGGUGGAGGCUGGCUCUGGGGAGAAGGUGGAGGAGUUUGUGGUGCUCCAUCAGGACCCGUCUCCGUCCGAGGCCAUCCCUCCGCAAGUGGCGCGACCGUACAUCCAGGCCCUCAACAGCAUCAACCUGGAGCCCAAUCACGCAGCAGAGGAGGAGAAAGAGGAGCGAAAACAGGAGGGAGAGGAAAAGAUGGAGGAAGGAGAGGGGGAGAUGGAGGGCGAGACUCUUCCGGAAGAGGAUGCCUCGCAGCUGCAGGAGCUCAGCGCAGUUUUAGAGCAGCUAACACCCAUUGAGAGAUAUGCUCUGCAUUACCUGGAGUAUGUGCACGUCAGUGAUGACGAGAAUGCCAUACAGGAGCGCAUAGCGGCUGCCAAGCGAAGCUGGGAGUUGCAGCAGCAGCAGAAACUGAAGACGGAGGAAGAGGAGCGUAAGAUACUCGAGGAAGAGGAAGAUCUGUUCACGUACACCAGAGAGGACGCCUACAACAUGGAGUAUGUGUUUGAUAACGAGGACGGACAGACUGAAAUUAUGCCGCUGUGGACCCCGCCCACUCCGCCUCAGGAUGAUAACGAUCUCUAUAUCGACUCCGUCAUCUGUCUGAUGUAUGACCCCGCCCCCAUGCCCGAGGCCAAACUGCCCCCUGUCUACGUCCGCAAGGAGCACAAGAGACUCAAAAUGGACCCCUCCGCGGUGGGGCGUAAGAAGAAGAAGGGCCACGGGGAGACGGUGAUCCCUCCGCGCUCUCUCUUCGAUAAAGCCAGCAUGCUGAAGGUGCGACGAGAAGGAAAAGACCAGAAGAAGAACUUCUCCCUCAAACAGCAGGUUCCGUUCGCCAAACCGCUGCCCUCGCUCGUCAAACCCGCCACCGAGGCCGGGCAAGACAACCCAGAGUGGCUCAUCAGUGAGGACUGGGCACUGCUACAGGCUGUGAAACAGCUCCUGGAGUUGCCGCUGAAUCUCACCAUCGUAUCUCCGGCACACACUCCUAACUGGGACCUGGUCAGCGAUGUGGUCAACUCCUGCAGCCGAAUCUACCGUUCGCCCAAACAGUGCCGCAACCGCUACGAGAACGUCAUCAUCCCCAGAGAGGAGGGCAAGCUGAUAUACGAGGCUAACCCGAAGAAGAAGACCAAGAGCAUCUAUAAGUCGAAGAACAGCCGUCCUUUGCGUACGUGUCAGAUUUACACCCAGGAUGACAACGCCACUCAAAUUCAGCUCUACAACAACCGCUUUGAGCUGAUGAAGAUCAUCGCCAGCAAGAGGAGUCCGCCAAUUAAACCACUACUGGGUAUGAAUCCAUUCCAGAAGAACCCAAAGCAUGCCUCUGUUCUGGCUGAGAGUGGAAUCAGCUAUGAUAAACCCCUGCCCCCUAUUCAGGUGGCAUCCCAAAGGGCUGAGAGAAUUGCUAAGGAGAAAAAGGCUUUAGCGGAGCAGCAGAGAGCUCAGCAGCUGGCCCAGCAGCAGCAGCAGCAGCAGGCUGGAACUGCUCAGGCACAGGGGGCCACCGCCCAGACGCAAGCCCAGCCUCAGGCCACCACUGCUGGGGCACAGACGGCCGUGGUCACCCAGCCCGCCACGGGCCCUGGAGCUGCCGCUGUGCCCAACACCGCUGUACUGACUGGAGCCAUUAAGACAGCAGCUGCUGGGACCAGCAUUCAGACAGCAACGAUGGGCGGGAACGUGAUUGUGAACACGGUGGCUGGCGUUCCUCCAGGUCAGUUCCAGGCCAACAAACGCCUUGCCCCGCCCGUCAUACCGGGAGCCAUACCAGCGACAGGGACUGCCACGGCUCAGGUGGUUCACACCCAACAGAGGGCCGUGCCCGCCGCCACCGCCCCCGCGGAGGUGGUCGCCAUAGCGACCGGCCAAGGCGUGAGGGCCGUGACCCCGGUAACGGCGUCCGUGGUGGUACCCAGCACCCUGACCCAGGUCCAGUCCCAGACACGACCUCUGGUCACCCCAGCAGCUGGGAUGCAGUUGGCCCAGGGGAAACCGAUCACUCAGGCUCAGCUGCAGCUCCUCCGUCAGCAGCAGCAGUUACAGCAGCAGCAGCAGCAGCAACAACAGCAACAGGCUGCAUCCCCACAGAUUAAAGCCGUGGGUAAACCACAGCAGGAGCUGUUGAAGAUGCAUAAACAGAAGAUCCAGAUGCAGCAGCAGCAGCAGCAACAGCAGCAACAGGUAGUGGCAGCACAGGGCCAGCAGGCGGCCACUACCCAGCAGCCCCAGCAAGUCCAGGCCCUGCCCACCGCCCAGGCCAGCCCGCAGCUCACGGCCGUCACCGCGCCCAGGGCAGGAGCCGUGCUGGCCGGCACCACCGUCGCCAACCUACAGGUGGCCAGACUGACUCGUGUGCCAGCUCAGGGAGCCCUGCCGGCUCAGGCUGGUCAGACGGCUCAGGUGACUCUGACUAAACCCCCUCCUGUGGUCUCUGUGCCCGCUGUGGUCUCCUCUGCCGGAGUCACCACUCUGCCCGUCACCGUGGCAGGCAUCAGCGUGGCCAUCGGACAGACGCCCAAAGCAGGAGGUUCAGUGGUAACGCACCCACUUCCAGUCCAACAGGUUCAGCAGCUGUUACAGAGGCAGAAAGCAGCUGCAGCCCAGAAAGCAGCUCAGCCUCAACAAACACCAGCUACCGUACAGCAGAAGUUGGGUACCCAGCAGACGGCGCAGGCGACUGCGCAGCAGCAGAAGGUGACCUACGCUACCACCACCCAGCUGCAGCCAGGCAUUAAACCACAGUUCUUCACCACCUCUAUCACCCAGCCUCAGAAAUCCACCACAGCACAGCAGAUACAGGUGGCUAAGCUUCCCCAGAUAGUACAGCAGCAAUCUACUGUAGCCAACAUUCAGCAAAUAGUGUCCUCUCCGCAGCAGCCUCAGACGGUGGCUUUGACCCAGGCUCCGACCGCCGGGACGGCCCAAGCUCAGGUCCAGGUGAUCCCCACCGUCUCGGCCGCCACGGCCCAGGUGGUCCAGCAGAAACUCCUCCAGCAGCAGGUCGUCACGGCGACCGGCACCGCCGUCUCCCCUCAGAUCCAGACCCCGCCCCCCCACAGCCCCGCCCAGCAAGGCGCCGGCGGCGCCGCCGCCGCCGCCCCCACUGCCGCCGAGUCCCCGGGACAGCAGCCGGCCACCCCCCAGGCCCAGCAAGGCAAAGGGAACACGCGCGGGGGGGCCACCAUGCGCUCAAAGACCCCUGCCAAACCCAGCGGGGGAAACUAGACACGAAACCUCCACCUGUACAAUACAGACAGUAUUCACUCACAGAAACACUCUCUUAGGACAGUCAAUCCGUCAGAGAAACGCUUCCGGAACCAUCUUUACCGAGCAGAAAUCUUUCCCGGAUGGCCCCCCUUGCUCGGGGCAGAAAUCAUCUUAGGACCGUCUUCACACGGAGCGGUCCUCUCUUGGACCGUUUUUACGUGAGGCCAAACUGUCCGAGACACUCAGACGGGAUCGUCUUUGUGUCGGGCAAACGCGACCGUUCCCCGGGGCGAACUCUCCUAGAACAGUCUGAAUCUACAGAGCACUCGGACUCAGACUCACCCAGGUUUCACUCUGAGUAUUAGCGCCCCCUUGAGGAGAAUCUACUCCUAUGGGGCAUAUUCAAACCCCCCCCCCACCCCACUUCACCCAACCCAACCCAACCCCUAUGCUGUUUCUCUCACUCCUGACACACCAUCUUUCUGAUGGGAUUAUGCUAAGACCCGGUUCUCUCAGACUGGGGCGGAUGAAUAUGGCGGAAAGAAUGGAGUUUGCUGUUGUAUGAUGCAUUGCCGUAUGGAACUGGAUCCAGCUGUAAAUACUCGCUCUGUUUUUCCUAUUUCAAUGCAGCAUUUCUGUAUAAAGGCCCUAUAUUCCUUUCCACAUGAUCAUGGGGGGGAAAAAAACAAAAAAGAAAAAAAACCUCAAUAUGUCAGUGCUUUUUGUACACAUGGAGAACUUUCAGUCUAAUAAUUUCAACUUGAAAUUUGGACUGGGUUUUCUUUUCGUUCACUCUGUUUAUUCU